UGAGAAAGCGAUGGUAGGGGAAAACAAAACUGACCGCAUCUCCGGGACUGACGGGAUAAGUGACGAAUGAACAGGUAGAGUAACGAGCGUUUCGACAAGUAGGAGAAAAUAAUUCUCCCAACCAUAACAGAAACCUAAUCCAGACGAUAAUCGUAUGCCUGUAACGACCGUCACCUUCCAUGGGAGUGCAUGUUUAUGAACUUUAGCUUAGCUAGCCGCUUUGACAGCCAGCGAGGCUAACUUCAACGCUGGUGAACGCUAGCUGUGAAUGAUAGAGGAAGCCAGGGCACUGCUCGCUGCUAGGGUUUAUAUUCCACAGCUUCAUGUCAAGUUGGGAUUGUUGACAAGCCAAAAUAUGUUCGGGAAGAAGAAGGCACCGAUGCCCAAGGGUCACGGAGCAGCUGCAGCCAAAAAGAUGGGUCUGUUUGUUGACAUGAGCCCAGAGGAUAUGCUUAUGGGAAUGGACGAUAACCUGGACGACCCGUCCCUAGAGGCAGAGCUUGCUGCAAUCACUGGGGACAAACCCCCUGCUGGUGGGAGGGCAAAGCCGAAGGGCAAAGCCCCUUUGCCAAUGGAAGACAUCGCAAGAAUGGCCGACGACUGUAUGAAAGACUUGGACGAAGAGGACGACGAUGAUGACCUGGAAGAUGACGAGGAUCUUCUGGCCGAGUUACAGGAAGUGGUUGGUGAGGAGGAAACGGGGGAGGCCAUGAAGGCGGACUCCACUUCCACUGUCACCGCAGAACCUUCGCCAGCGAACACACCAGGGUCCCCGACAGCGCAGGAGCCCUCCUCAGCCCCAGGCAGUCUGCAGCGCACCCUGGAGGAGAGGAGAGCCAUGUACAAGACGGCCCUGGAGAACGCCAAGGCCGCCGGAGAGUCCUCCAGAGUGAGGCGAUACGACCGAGGCUUGAAGGCCCUGGAGACCAUGUUGACGGCGGUGACCAAGGGCCGCAGCGUGAACGAGGCAGACGUCCCCCCUCCGGUGUCCACCGGGGCCCCCCAGUCCCAGGGGCCUGCCCCAACGCGCCCCGCGGACCCCCAGCACGCCCCCGCAGACCAGCAGGGGGAGCCGGAGGCCGCAGAGCCAAGCAAGGAAGAGGAGUGCUCUUCGUCCACCCUGAGCAGCCUGUCGUCCCCUGUGGCGGAGGCAAAGACACCCACGGUGGAUGAGGCAACAAGGGAAAUGCUGCUAGAGAGGCAGAGGGAGUACAGGGUGGCCGCGCUACGGGCCAAAAAGCAGGGAGCAGUGGAGCAGGCCAAGCUCUAUGUGAGGACCAGCAAGAAGUUUGAUGCAGUGAUCGAGGCGCUGGAGCACGGAGCGGCCGUGGACCUGAGCGGCUUACCGCCUCCCCCACCACUGGAUGAAGGAGGGAGCUCAGCUCCAGCUAAGGAGUCUUCUGUGGCACAACCCUCUGAACCAGUGCCUGCGGCAGCCCAGGCAGCGGGCCCCCCCACGGCCCCCAGGGACGUGCUGGAGGCCCUGGAGCAGCGGAGGGCCAAGUACGCCGAGGCCAGCGCCCAGGCCAAGGCCAGCGGGGACGACCGCAAGGCCCGCAUGCACGACCGCAUCGCCAAGCAAUACCAGAGUGCCAUCCGAACACACAAAGCGGGGAAGCCGGUGAACUUUGAGGAGCUCCCCACCCCACCGGGCUUUCCUCCAAUCCCUGGCCAGAAGGGGGCGGGAGCUGAUCAGGGAUUGGCUGCUGCGCUGGAGACAGCCAAUCAGCUUGCCACGACCGACCCUGCAGAGGUGGAUGAGGACGGAGAGGAGGACCAGGUCUCUCCCACCAAGCCCACCAUGGCGGUGCCCCCCAUGGUGCAGCCGCAGCGGAAGAGGUCCAGCGCUUCCUCCCCUGACAGUGAAUCUGCCAAAGAGGGCCUUUCACCCACAGGCACACAGCAGCUGGACUUCCUGGAGGGCCGCAGGAAGCAGUACAUGAGGGCGGCUCUACAGGCCAAGCAGAAGAAGGACUUGGAGCAGGCUAAGGGCUUCCUCCGCUCCGCCAAGGCCCUGGAGCCCCUGAUAGAGGCGGCACGGGCCGGAAACCCGGUGGACAUCAGCAAGGUGCCGUCGCCCCCUGGUGACGAGGAUGAGGACUUCAUCCUCGUGCACCACAGUGAUGUGCAGCUCUCGGAGAAGGCAGAGGAGGUCUACGCACAGCUCCUCAAGAUCCUCAAGGAACAACACGAGAAAUGUCGGACCUACUCCAAACAAUUCACACACCUGGGGAACAUCACAGAGACGACAAAGUUCGAGAAGAUGGCCGAGAGCUGUAAGAAGAACCUGGAGAUCCUGAGGCUGUCGCAGGCGCGGGGGCUGGACCCCCCCAAGCACCACUUUGAGGAGAGGACCCAUCACACCGUCAGGAUCUUCCCGGAGCUCAGCAGUACUGAGAUGGUGGUGGAGUUGGUCAAAGGGUUGAAUCUACCCGCUCCUAGUGGUAUCCAAGCAAAUGACCUGGAUGCAUACGUCAAGUUUGACUUCCCCUAUCCAAGCACAGAGAAACCUCAAUCCCAUAAAACGGCGGUCAUCAAAAACAACAAUUCACCAGAAUACAACCAGAGCUUCACGCUGACCAUCAACCGCAACCACCGGGGCUUCAAGAGGGUGCUGCAGUCCAAGGGCCUCAAGCUGGAGGUCCUGCACAAGGGGGGGUUCCUGCGCAGCGACAAGGCGGUGGGCUCGGCCGUGGUGAAGCUGGAGCAGCUGGAGAGCCAGAGCGAGAUCAGGGAGAUCGUUGAGGUGAUGGACGGCCGGAAGCACACAGGGGGCCGCAUCGAGGUGAAGGUGCGUCUGAGGGAGCCUCUGAGCGGACAGGACCUGCAGACCUCCACGGAGCGCUGGCUGGUGCUGGACCAGUCCCAGGUUCUUCUUUAGAUGUUGCCGCGAGACUGAAGACGCCCUCCAAGACUCAAAUCGCCUCUCCUCUGAGAAGUUUGUGGAGGCUUGGGAAGAGGAGGGAAGAGAGCCAGAGAAUUCCAAGUAGGAAGAGGAGAAGGACAAUUCCGAUGUCUUCAGACACUUUCACUGACUUUCUGGGACGCCGUCGGCUGCUGAGAAACACAUACGCACACGCACACAAACCCACACACUCGCACACCUGCCAGUGGGUGGUUAUAUUGUGUCCUCCCAACUGAAUCGCCUGGCUUCCUUUUCUCUUCGCUGUGUACGUUCUCACCUAGUUAAUCAAGUUCAACACAAUGCCAUAGGAUAUGCAUUUGCAGCGCUAGCACACUUCUUCCACAGUUUUCAAUUUCAGCCAUAAUUGCUCCGUUACCGCCAUACGCUUACACGUCAGGGAGAGGUCUGACUUCGGCCAAUAGCGGCUUGCCACACGCACGCGGCCGUUACAAUGCCCGCCGUUGGCCGGAGAAUGACGAUUCGUUCAGCGAGUGUUGUGAACGAGCCGGUGAACGGUUAAAAGAGGCUUAUGAGCAAGGUGACUUGAAGCUUGCUCUCCUCUCUCUCACACACACACACACACACACACACACACACACACACACACACACACACACACACACACACACACACACACACACACACACACACACGCGCACACUUACACACGCACACUUUCGACACAUACCCCCAACACCAACAUCAAGCCCUAGAGACAGCAGUCAACCGGGGUCACUGCUGCUGAAGUAGUGAAAUACCGUCGCACACUGAAGGGUUGUAUGACUUUACCUGGCACCUGUCUUGGCCAAUCAGAAAGCAGCGUUAACCCAGGUGUGACUGAGCACAGUGCUGGACCUGGGUUUGAUGUUUGUGUUGAUAAGAGGGCAGAGACUCGACGGGGAGUUCAGUCUGAACCGGCUGCCUGUAGAUGAGCUUGUUUGUGUUGAAGAGUGUGUUAUCGUCUCUGGACCCUUAGAAUUUGCACUUCUGCACUAAUACCAAAGUAAUCACUGUUGCUGUAAAAGAUAAAUAAUGCGAAUUCGAAAGGGCCUUUGGGUGCCACUUUGGUAACCAUAACAACGUGUGUGUGUGUGACUGGACAUGGAAAAGUUCAGCUUUGUUGCGGGUAUUUGAGACCCCCCCCCCCAAUCUGCCGUCUCAUAUAUAUAUAUAUAUAUAUAUAUAUAUAUAUAUAUAUAUAUAUAUAUAUAUAUAUAUAUAUAAAAUCUAUUUAUCAAUGGAAGUGGGGGGGUUCUUAACAGAGACAGAGCAAUGUUCGAAGGAUAAUAUAAGUUGGCGGUACUAUAAAAGGUUUCAUGUGAUUUGUUCAUAGUAAUUAAAAUGGCACAAUGUGUUUCAAGGCACGGACACCUUUAAUGUCUUUUCACUGUUGAGCCAAGUUGUGUCUGUCCACGGGUGGGGUCGCCAAGGUGUCUUCCGGGGGUGACCUUCACCCGGUACGUAUGGGUUUCGCUCUUGUCGGUUGUUGUGUUCUCUCGCUUUGAAAGGUUUACAUUUUGUAGCACUUAACUGCACAUCCGAAUAACAAGGGGGCCCUAAUGUUCACGGAUCUUGGAUGAGUUGUGUGUAAAAAAAAAAAUCGUUGAUAAAUGUUGUGGUCGUCCCCUGAUAUCCUAACCUACAUCAUCAGUGCAUUCGAGCUCAAAUGGAAAACGCAAGCGUGUGUUGCUUUGCAGAUGGCUGGAUGGCUGUUGGAUGUAGGCUGGCAAAUUCUUAAAAAGAAAAAUUCAGACAAAUUCCUUAACACCGGUCCAUAAAAUACAGACUGAGCCAAUACAGAUUCAUUUCAACCAACUAUACCUCCGCGCUGUCACAGCUUUCACCAACCGUCUCACUAUUGUCACAACGUUUUCCAAUGGCUCUUUGUUGGCGUCUCAACGUUAUGCUUUAUUUUAAGGUUUUUGAUCUUUAUCUUCCUUUACUCAUUCUUUGGUGAUGAGGAGUAACAUUCUUACGAAAGAUAUCGGUUGUAGUCGAAAUUGUAUGUGUAAACGGAUUGAAAUUGAACUUUUACAAUUGAAGCGAUUUUAUUUUUGCACACUUAAAUCAUAGAAGAAAAUAGGCUCUUAUUUUGAUGAGAAACAGUGUCUAAUGACGCUGUUUAAGAGGUUUGGAUGAAAAUAAUAAGAAAACACCAUCUUCUCAAUUUUGUAUAAGUCUUUAUUAUACAUAUACUACAUGUUUCUUUUGCUAAAGACUGCGAUUGAAGAUGUUUGUAGUGUAAUGAACAUCAACAUGUUUAGUUUUUUUUGGCUUACCGUACAGUUCAUCUCGACUGAGAUCAAAGAUAAAUUAAAUAAAGACGAUUUUAACAACACCCAGUAA